AUGACUCACCUGGUAAAGGAUCAGCAGCAGCAGCAGCAGCAGCAGCAGCAGCAGCAGAGGGGAGAGAGAGAGAAGGGGAGAUUAGACGAGCCGGGCCCUGACAGCGGUGCACUGGCUUCACGCUCACUGGUCCAGGUAAUUACCUCGUCCCCCUCCUCCCCCUCUCCUCCCCCCUCUCCUCCCCCCUCUCCCUCCAGCGCAGACACCAUGGACUCAUCCAGACAGAGACACUUUAUGAAUGUUUGUGUUUGGGCUAAAGUUAUGCUACAGACCAGUCCAGUUACAGACCAGUCCAGCUACAGACCAGUCCAGUUACAGACCAGUCCAGCUACAGACCAGUCCAGCUACAGACCAGUCCAGUUACAGACCAGUCCAGCUACAGACCAGUCCAGUUACAGACCAGUCCAGUUACAGACCAGUCCAGCUACAGACCAGUCCAGCUACAGACCAGUCCAGCUACAGACCAGUCCAGCUACAGACCAGUCCAGUUACAGACCAGUCCAGUUACAGACCAGUCCAGCUACAGACCAGUCCAGUUACAGACAAGUCCAGUUACAGACCAGUCCAGUUAUAGACCAGUCCAGCUACAGACCAGUCCAGCUACAGACCAGUCCAGCUACAGACCAGUCCAGUUACAGACCAGUCCAGCUACAGACCAGUCCAGCUACAGACCAGUCCAGUUAUAGACCAGUCCAGCUACAGACCAGUCCAGUUACAGACCAGUCCAGCUACAGACCAGUCCAGCUACAGACCAGUCCAGCUACAGACCAGUCCAGCUACAGACCAGUCCAGCUACAGACCAGUCCAGUUAUAGACCAGUCCAGUUACAGACCAGUCCAGCUACAGACCAGUCCAGUUACAGACCAGUCCAGCUACAGACCACUACAGACCAGUCCAGCUACAGACCAGUCCAGUUAUAGACCAGUCCAGCUACAGACCAGUCCAGUUAUAGACCAGUCCAGCUACAGACCAGUCCAGCUACAGACCAGUCCAGUUACAGACCAGUCCAGCUACAGACCAGUCCAGUUACAGACCAGUCCAGCUACAGACCAGUCCAGCUACAGACCAGUCCAGUUACAGACCAGUCCAGCUACAGACCAGUCCAGUUACAGACCAGUCCAGUUACAGACCAGUCCAGCUACAGACCAGUCCAGCUACAGACCAGUCCAGCUACAGACCAGUCCAGCUACAGACCAGUCCAGUUACAGACCAGUCCAGUUACAGACCAGUCCAGCUACAGACCAGUCCAGUUACAGACAAGUCCAGUUACAGACCAGUCCAGUUAUAGACCAGUCCAGCUACAGACCAGUCCAGCUACAGACCAGUCCAGCUACAGACCAGUCCAGUUACAGACCAGUCCAGCUACAGACCAGUCCAGCUACAGACCAGUCCAGUUAUAGACCAGUCCAGCUACAGACCAGUCCAGCUACAGACCAGUCCAGCUACAGACCAGUCCAGCUACAGACCAGUCCAGCUACAGACCAGUCCAGCUACAGACCAGUCCAGCUACAGACCACUACAGACCAGUCCAGUUACAGACCAGUCCAGCUACAGACCAGUCCAGCUACAGACCAGUCCAGCUACAGACCAGUCCAGUUACAGACAAGUCCAGUUACAGACCAGUCCAGCUACAGACAAGUCCAGCUACAGACCAGUCCAGCUACAGACCAGUCCAGCUACAGACCAGUCCAGUUACAGACCAGUCCAGCUACAGACCAGUCCAGCUACAGACCAGUCCAGCUACAGACCAGUCCAGCUACAGACCAGUCCAGCUACAGACCAGUCCAGCUACAGACCAGUCCAGUUACAGACCAGUCCAGCUACAGACUAGUCCAGCUACAGACCAGUCCAGUUACAGACCAGUCCAGCUACAGACCAGUCCAGCUACAGACCAGUCCAGCUACAGACCAGUCCAGCUACAGACCAGUCCAGUUACAGACCAGUCCAGCUACAGACCAGUCCAGCUACAGACCAGUCCAGCUACAGACCAGUCCAGUUACAGACCAGUCCAGCUACAGACCAGUCCAGCUACAGACCAGUCCAGCUACAGACCAGUCCAGUUACAGACCAGUCCAGCUACAGACCAGUCCAGUUACAGACCAGUCCAGCUACAGACCAGUCCAGUUACAGACCAGUCCAGCUACAGACCAGUCCAGUUACAGACCAGUCCAGUUACAGACCAGUCCAGUUACAGACCAGUCCAGCUACAGACCAGUCCAGUUACAGACCAGUCCAGCUACAGACCAGUCCAGCUACAGACCAGUCCAGCUACAGACCAGUCCAGUUAUAGACCAGUCCAGCUACAGACCAGUGUUCGGAGCCGAUAAGCCCUCAGCACCCUCACCCUCACCCUCACCCCCCCACGGAGCAGUGCCAGCCCGCCACGGCGAGGGGAGAGCCCGCAGACCGACACGGUAG